AUGGAAGCUGACGCACUACUCCAUGCGCCCACCACCUCUUCCUCUUCCUCCUCCUCCUCCGACUCCGGCGGCGGCUCGUGCGUCAUCAAUGGCGCGCAGGAGCUACUGUCCAAGACCGGCGGCAAGCCCCACAAGAACGUGAAACGGAAGAGAGCCGCGUCCCCGCUUGCUGCUCCCGGGGACGGCGUGGCGGUGGCGCCCGAGGCCACCGUGGACGACGACUGCGGCGGCGAGGAGGGCAGCGGCGUCCGGCGCAAAAGGGGCAGCGCCGGCACCAGGCACCCGACGUUCCGCGGCGUCCGCAUGCGGCUCUGGGGCAAGUGGGUGUCCGAGAUCAGGGAGCCCCGCAAGAAGUCGCGCAUCUGGCUCGGCACGUUCCCGACCGCGGAGAUGGCCGCGCGCGCCCACGACGUGGCCGCGCUAGCCAUCAAGGGCCGCGCCGCGCACCUCAACUUCCCGCACCUCGCGCACGAGCUCCCCCGCCCGGCGUCCACCUCGCCCGCCGACAUCCAGGCCGCCGCAGCCAAGGCUGCCGCCGCCGCCGCCGCCGUCGCCGUCGAUGCCGAUGCCGACGUAGAGCAAUGCGAGUCGUCCUCCCAUCAUGCUGCCGAGACGCCAUCGUCGUCGUCAGCCGCCAGUUCGGAGGAGGUAGCCGCGGCCAGCAACACGGAGGAGAGCGUGCUGUUUGAUUUGCCCGACUUUCUGCUGGACCUGAGGGACGGCCUCUGGUCACCCUUCUGGGCGGCAGCUCCGGCGGCGGCGGCCGAAGAGUACGACGGCGACAGCCUGAGCGAGCCGCUUCUGUGGGCCCACGAUCACUGCUGGAUGGACGCUGCCUCCGCGCCGGUGCAGCCGGACUAG